AUGAAUGUUUGGAAACUAGCUCAAUCACCAAAUUACGAUCGAAACGUGAACAAAUUCUAUCCGUACUCCGAACUGCCCUAUGCAGGCGAGUAUAACUUGCUGAAAAUUCCAAUUUCACUUCAAAAUCUAAUUGAACACAUCGACUAUUGGGGUGAAGGAAGGGCAGUCACUCAAUUCGGUACCACCGGUUUCACGGAUUGCUAUAAUAUAAAUGAAAAGUAUAAACUUGUCAGCAAAGGCUCCGACGUUGAUAGGAAAAUUCCUAAUAGGAUACCAGUCUAUAGUAUGACAGAAUGUGAUACCAGCAAUUAUAUAAAGGAUAGAUCCGUAAAACUAGUGACCGUUUCAAAUGGUCCCAUAAGUAAAAGUUGCGCGAAAGAUAUAGCGCGAAUAGUGAAUUACGAUAUUGGAAAGAUAGUUACGUUCGGUUAUGAUAAGGACUCGGAAGACAUAAAGAAUUUGGAAGAUGUACUCAAGUAUACAGAGUUUAUAUAUUGUGCAAGUCAUACUGUACCAUCAAUAUUGAGUGAGUUAACAGCAUUUGAAACUCGUCGAGCUUAUAUAAAUAUAAAAGACCUCCAACAAGAACUGUACAGAAACAUUGCUGACGCCAAUUAUGACAAUGCGCUUAUGAUAUGUAGGGAUAUGAAAAUAAAUGAUAAUAGUUCGGCGAUAUUUAAUGUUGUCUCGAAAAUGAUGCAAGAGGGAUUCAGAAAUAUAGUACCUUAUGCGUACCAACUUUGGCAUAACAAUGAACAAGAAAUUGUCAAGAAAUAUUUUCCUGCACAAUUUGCUCUAAUUUUAAAUGGAGACAAAGUAAAAAUCAUCAACAAAAAGCAUAAUUUGGCUCUCAAAUUAGAUAAAGACUUAAAUUCAAACAACACCAGGAAAGCAUUAGGCGGUAUUGAUGACAACCUCAAUAACUGGAAAUUUACAGCAUUAUGGGAAGAUAAUAAAUUGUCAUUUAAAAUAGAUACUGGGGACGGCAAAUUAUCUUUGUGUAUAAGUGACAAUAAAACAAGCGGGAAAAGGCAUCUUUAUGCUGUAACAUAUUCCAACAACCUUCAAUGUAAAUGGAGCUUAGUGCCUGUAAUGUCUAAAAAUAACUUUGUUUUAUACAUAGUUGACAAACAAUUUAAUCAAGGUAUGAAAUUGGACGCAGAAACGAUUAAAAAUGAAGAGAGACUUGUAGUUUCUGAUGACUCGCCCGUUUGUGAUCAGGAAGUUUAUGGCUGGGAUAUAGUUCCUUUUAUUAAAGAAUAA